UAUUCGGUUACGCACGUCAUGGCGAGGCGAGAGUGAGAGAGAGAGGAGAUUGUGGAAAAGUCUGUUAUUGUGUUCUGUUUGUUGUAAGGCGACUAACAGAGCAAACCAAACCUGGUCUUCGUCUUCUUCAAUCCUUAUCUUCUCCUUUCUCUCUCUCUCUCCGUCGUCGUAUGAACGCAUCGUAACCAGAUCGUCACACAAUUCCGGUGAUCGCCGGAAUAAUCCAGCGAUUUUCCAGACCCGCCGAUGGCGACGUUUCACAGCUUCCGAAAAGCCGUGGGAGCACUAAAAGAUUCCACAACCGUCAGCAUCGCAAAGGUCAACAGCGAAUUUAAGGAUUUGGAUGUUGCGAUCGUCAAAGCCACAAAUCACGUCGAAUCUGCUCCCAAAGAACGCCAUAUCCGUAAAAUAUUCUCUGCAACAUCUGUAGUAAGACCACGAGCAGAUGUUGCUUACUGCAUUCACGCACUAGCCAAGAGAUUGUCCAAGACUCGCAAUUGGGUUGUCGCAAUUAAGGUGUUAAUAGUCAUUCAUAGAACACUAAGAGAAGGUGAUCCAACAUUUAGAGAAGAGCUUCUAAAUUACUCACACAGAGGACAUAUACUUCGAAUAUCAAACUUCAAAGACGACACAAGUCCUCUUGCUUGGGAUUGCUCUGCGUGGAUUAGGACAUACGCUCUUUUCCUAGAAGAGAGGCUUGAAUGCUAUAGGGUUUUGAAGUAUGACAUUGAGGCAGAACGUUUACCAAAAGGCUCAGCUGCAUCUUCAAAGAACGUGGAUUCUCAAACGUAUAGAACAAGGAUGUUAUCUGAUGAAGAAUUGCUAGAGCAGUUACCUGCGUUGCAGCAGCUACUUUAUAGGCUUACUGGUUGUAAGUUCUUUGAGAUGUCAAGACAUGAUGCAGUUAAAGCUCUAAACAUAUAUAAACGGGCUGGUCAACAGGCUGAAAAUCUGGCUGAUUUUUAUGAGUACUGCAAAGGUCUAGAGCUAGCGAGGAACUUUCAGUUCCCAACCUUAAGACAGCCUCCUCCUUCUUUUCUUGCAACAAUGGAGGAUUACAUUAAAGAAGCGCCUCAAAGUGGUUCUGUACAGAAAAAGCUGGAGUAUCAGGAAAAAGAUGAAGAAGAAGAGGAGGAAGAAGAAGAAGAAGAAAAACAGCCUGAAGAAUCUGCAGAAACCGAAAAUCAAAAUGAAAACACCGAAGGAGACCAGCCGCUUAUUGAGGAAGAGGAAGAGGAAGAAGAUAAAAUAGAGGAGGAAGAUACUAAACCUUCAUUCUUGAUAGAUACCGAUGACUUGCUGGGCCUGAGUGAGAUAAACCCAAAAGCCACAGAGAUAGAAGACCGCAAUGCAUUGGCUCUCGCAAUAUAUCCACCAGGUCAUGAAGCUCCAGGACCAUCAAACAGUUUAAGCUUAAUAGAAACCGGUGGUUCCGGUUGGGAACUGGCACUAGUCACUCCUCAGAACAACAACAACAUUUCUCGCCUUGCUUCUGACAGCAAACUUGCAGGAGGAUUCGACAAGCUAUUGCUUGACAGUCUGUACGAGGAUGAUUCAGCGAGGAGACAGAUCCAACUAACCAAUGCUGGCUAUGGACAUGGUGGCGCAGACACAGCAGGAGCACCACCACAAAACCCAUUCGAGAUGCAACAAGAUCCCUUUGCAAUGUCCAACAACAUUGCUCCUCCCACUAACGUUCAAAUGGCAAUGCAACAACAGCAGCAGCAACAGAUGAUGAUGAUGCAUCAAAGUCCUUAUAAUAAUUACUCUAAUCCUCAUGAUCAUUAUCAUCAGAAUCAUCAGUUCUCAGCUGCAGGAUCUUCUCCUUCGAAUCCUUUUGGAGAACCUUUCCUUGCUCUCCCGCCUCCGCCAGGCUCAUCUGGUACGCAGCAGCAAAACAGCCAUCAUCAUAUGCUCCUCUAGAGUCACAACGUCUCUCUUUGUUUCAGUGUUUUAAUUUGAUAAUAUAAUAUAUUCAGGGUGUUAUUCUUUCAUUCUUUCCACCACUUCUUCUACUCAUUGGUGAUUUCUUAGCCUCUUUUUUUUUGUUGUCCCGGUCUGUUUAUUUUUUUUAAUCUUUCAACACUUAUUUGCCUUUACUUUAAAAAAAAAAAAAAUAGUAGUCUGAGUUGUGAAUAAGAAUCCGCCACUAUGAUACCGUCA